UCCUGGGCCGUGAACGCAGCUCCUCCUGCAGUCAUGGCCUCGUCGCUGUGGAAAGGCGUCGUCGGCCUCGGCCUGUUCGCCCUAGCACACGCAGCUUUCUCCGCCGCACAGCAUCGGUCCUACAUGAGGCUCACGGAGAAGGAGCAUGAGACUCUGCCGGUGGACAUUACAUUGCAGGCCUUAUUAUCGUUUGUGAUGACUUGUUACGGGAUUGUGCACAUCGCUGGAGAGUUCAGAGACAUGGACGCCUCCUCCGAGCUGAAGAACAAAACUUUUGACACGCUGAGGAACCACCCGUCAUUUUACCUUUUCAACCACCGAGGUCGAAUGCUGUUCCGCACACCAGAAGAGGAGCCGUCCUCUGUCAACCAGCAGGCUCUUCCCAACCCCAUCAGGCUACGCAAGCUGGAGCAUUUGCACUGAGACUGACCUUUCCUGCCUCCAACAUCGUCAUCGGUCAGAUAGGAUUUGUUUUUGUUAGACAGACGGGCGAGGACUGAGAAUUAACUAUCUUCCACUUUAAUAUUUUAUUUGUAAAUAAACUAAUAUGCUGUUCAAACAUGCAUCUCUGUUCAUAAAGUGGUUACCGACAUAAUCAAACGUUGACUGUGCCAACCCUUCAGUUUUUCAAGCAGGUUUGUUUCUGUGUAUGGUAUGUAAUUGUUUCAGAGUCUUAAGAUACAGAGCGGAGACAUGUCUUCUGUUUGUCCCUUCCUAAAUGAAUCGGGAAGUUGCAGUCUCUUGUAUAUGUUUUAUAUGAGGGGGUACAAAACGAAACAUCCUGUUUUAUCUCAACCAGUCUUCAGCAGCUGGCAGUGCAAACUUGCAAAUGAAGUCAGUUUUGUUGCAUCACCUGAAGACUUUUUCUUUCCGUGACAAACUUCCUGGAAGCAGAAACGCUGCACGUUUGUAUGAAGGAAUGUGUCUCGCGCAGGAAGCAUUAAACAGUCUCUUAAAUGAUGCUGCGAGCAGUGAGGCGAAACAUUAACAAAUGGUACAUUCAUCCGGGUGAGUUAUGCUUUUCCAUCGUUUUACAUUUUGUUAUGAUUCAACAGAUUGUUUUUAAUUUAAUAAAAAGGCAUACAGAUUUUAACAA